CUUCCCCGUUGAGUCUCUGGCUUUUCGCUGUUAGUAGAUAACUGCUGUUGAUCCUUGGAAAUGACUCUAUCAGUCAAGGGAAGGUCUGCCCUGGUCACUGGUGCCGGCUCAGGUAACGGCCACUCGUCUAUAUGUCUAUACGGUAGAUAUAGAGAUCCUGCUAAUUCGAAACCCGACAGGAAUCAACCUGAGCUUCGCGAAACUGCUACUUGACAAUGGAUGCAAUGUCCUCAUUGCGGACAUUGGUCUUCGUCCAGAGGCACAGGUGCUUGUCGACAAACACUCUGCAGGAGCUCCGCGGGCUGUCUUCCAAAAGACCGAUGUCAGGGAUUGGAAGCAGCUGGAGAGAAUGUUUGAGGUUGCAGAAAAGGAAUUCGGGGAGCUCGAUAUUGUCUGCCCAGGAGCUGGCAUCUACGAACCGGUAUGUUUGUUUCCCUUCUCCAACAUCGAGAGUCGAGGGACAAUAUCUAUAAACGUCGCGGUAGCUAGGCUGUUCGCUGAUAAACGACUGUCGGGGCAACAGAACUGGUCGAACUUCUGGCGUCCCCCAGGGACUCCGCAGAGCCGCGACGCGCAGACUGGGGAUAGAUAUGCCGUGAUAGACAUCAAUUUUGUCCACCCGAUCCGUACCAGUCAGAUGGCAAUUGCUCAUUUCCUUCGUCAUGGAGCAGGCAAAGGCAAGGCACGCAAGCACAUUAUCCACAUCUCCAGCAUUGCCGGACAGAAUCCUGCUUUCGCCCAUCCGAUAUACGUCGCCACAAAACACGGCAUCAAUGGCCUGGUGCGAUCGUUGGCCCAGUUGGAUACCAAAUUCGGAAUUCGUGUCACUGCUGUGGCACCGGGUGUAAUCAAGACGCCUCUGUGGACAGACAAUCCGGAUAAGCUCAAGAUCAUCGACGAGAAAUCCGACGAGUGGGUGACUCCGGAGGAGGUAUCAGAGGUCAUGCUGGCUCUCAUUCAGCAAGACGAGGUCAGCGAGAAGAUUGGCGAUAAGAGCGGACAGGGACGCUCGUUCCGAGUGCAGGGAGGAAGCAUCCUGGAGGUAUCGAAGACGGUGCGGGAAGUCACUGCAUUCAAUGACCCAGGACCAGGGAAACGGGCAGGAAACACGGCGUCAGACACGAGAGUGAUCGAUGAAGAAGUGGUGGGGAUCUUGUCGCAGAGAGGAUGGGGGAUGUCGAAGCUGUAGAUACUGGCUGUAGAUACUAGAUAGCGAUGAUCACUAAAUGGCGGACUGUCGUAAGCCGGGCUUGGACUGUCAACAUCGUCUCCGAA